GAAAUGAAAAUGAACCAACGGUUCUCCGUUGAAAAGUUUGUGGUUGAUAUUGUUUCUUUUACAUUUUACUGUGAUUUUACUGCUUUUAACAUUACUUUCUGAUUUUGACAAUAAUAUAACUAUUGAGCUAGUUAAAGAUAGAAUUCAUUGGCUCAUUUUUGAUGUUUUUCUAGUAUUUUCUGUUGUAAAGUUGUAGGCUUAAAUUUUUUUAAGAAUAAUUGGCAUGUUUUCGUAUGUCAAGUUUCAAACAUUUUAUUGUUAAAACUUGUAGUAUGUUUUACUGAUAAACUUGUAUUGUUUUUUAUAAAAAAGAGUUUUGCAACACCACAUUAGCAAGUUAGUUGGAUUUAAGAAAUGGCGACCAAGAGAAAUGCUCAAGCCGAACUUCCCACGGCUAAAAAAAGGAAAUUCGGAAAUGUCGUCAAUUCAGCAGGCUCACAACAAUCAUCCAAUGAAACCACUGCUAUGAGAGUGUAUGUGCGUGUCAGGCCACCAAAUACAAAGAAAUGAGUGAAAUGUACAGAAGCGUGUUAAGAGUCGUGGAUUCGAAAAUGCUGGUUUUUGAUCCCAAGGAGGAAGAGGAGCAGUUCUUUUUUCGUGGUGUGAAACAGAAAAUGAGGGACAUGACAAAGAAGCAGCCGAAAGAAAUGGGAUUUCUUUUCGAUGGUGUAUUUAACGCUGAAGCCACAAAUGUCGACGUUUACAACAGAACCACUCGCAGUAUAAUUUCAAAUCUUCUUGAAGGAUAUAACUGCUCAGUAUUUGUGUAUGGUGCUACUGGCUCAGGAAAAACUCACACUAUGCUGGGGUCAAGAGAGAAUCCUGGAAUAAUGUACCACACCAUGGUCGAAUUGUAUGCUCAGAUUGAAAAAGUCAAAGCAGAUAAAAAUUUUCAAGUGGGAGUUACGUUUGUUGAGGUGUACAAUGAAAACGUGCACAACCUUCUAAACCCGUCAGGCCCGAUGCACCUUCGAGAGAGCGCAACCGGAGUGACGAUUGCUGGCCUGAAGGUGGAGGACAUAGUCAACGCCGAUCAUCUGCUGGAGAAGCUGGCUGAGGGCAAUCGCAAUCGCACCCAACACCCCACCGAUGCAAAUGCCGAAUCGUCAAGGUCACACGCUGUGUUUCAGGUCUAUGUCAGAAUGGCCACCAAGAAUGGCAACCAAGUGAAAAUUGUCAAACUAUCCAUGAUUGAUUUGGCUGGCUCUGAAAGAGGAAUGGUCACUGGCUGCAGUGGCUUGCGUUUCAAGGAAGGAGCCAACAUUAAUAAGUCACUUCUGGCACUGGGUAACUGCAUAUGCAAUUUAGCUGAUGGUUUGAAGCAUAUUCCCUACAGGGACUCAAAAUUGACUCGACUUUUGAAAGAUUCCCUUGGUGGAAACUGUCAUACAAUUAUGAUUGCCAAUGUCAGUCCUUCAGUGGCUUCGUAUGAAGAUACUUACAACACUCUCAAGUAUGCUACUCGGGCUAAAAACAUUAAAACAAAGGUUACGAAGAAUGCUAUGUCCGUAGACCUGGAUGUGGGGCAUUACGUAAAAAUGGUGGAAGAGCUGAAGAAGGAAAUCGUUCUACUGAAAAGCCAAACAAAAGCACAUUCAUCGGCACGAUCUUUUCCUCCAAACUCCGACUUAUCUGUCUGGUGUCGAGCUCUAGAUGAGAUAUUUGAUGAAAGAAUCGAAAUUAUGAAAAGUAUUCUCACUUUGGAGUGUAACCAAAAACUUCUCGCGUUGAGAAAAAAACGAAAAUUGUUCAUGGCAAAUUUGCUAAAGGAAACACCUGGAAGCCAAGCCCAGGGAAUUGAGAAGGUGGAAGAAGCACUGAGACAAUACAAUGCGCGAAUGGAGGCAAUGGUUUCUGCGCAGGCUGAACAGAGAAGAUGCCAGAAAAGCAGUGAUGAGAAACUGCAAAAGCUUUUCAUUGAAAUGGAAGAGGCCAGAGUCACUCAAGAUAUGGUCAAAGAAUUCGAAAUGAGAGAUGAAAAGUUGAAUAGAAUUCUUACCGAAGUGAAACUGGAUUACAUGAAAAAAGCUUUCAUGAUUGAUCAAAAAGAUAGUUCAACGAAUAUGCAGUCUAUCAAAACUCUGUUUGAAUCUUUCACCGAGUUCUACAAUAUCCUGUCAGGAAUGAAUUGGAUCACAGACAAAAUGGAAUCGACUUAUCAAUGCUCCAGAAAUAUUAUCGAAGGCAUGAAAACGAUUAGGUGGCUGGACAAUGAAGAAGAAGAAUCCGACUCCACCAGUGGCCACGUCGUAAAUAUGACAAAUUUUGAGAUAAAAAUUGACCAUCUAUUAUCUUUCAAAGAUAAAACUACAAAGAAGAAACCAAUUUCUCUAUCGCUUGAUGAAGAAGACGAUAAAGAUGCCGCCCAGGCGAUUUUCAGUGAGGAUUUCUCAAAGGUCGUCUGUGAAGAAGUGACGCCAACCUCUAGUUGUGAGAAUAAAUCAUCAGAAACAAAAGUGUUCAGCACUCCAACAAAAAUGGAAACUGACCAUAAAAUAGAACCAAUUGACGAGAAAGAAGUUGAGGAAAUCUGUUCCACCACUUUCUGUGUAGAACAACCGUCUGCAAGUCUCAAUGAAACUAUAACUUUGGACUCUAACAAAGAUUUAGUGAAGAAGCCAGCGUCCAUCGGAAAACGCAUAAUGAAAGAGAAAACUUCCAUAAUUACAAACAAGAAAGUGGCUCUGAAAUCAAAUACUGGCCUGGGAAUCAAUAAGGAGAAUCAAUCUAUCCAGAAGAUUUUCAAAAAGCCACUUCCGACAGCCAGAAAAGCUCUUUCUUUGAAGCCUGUGAAUGUUCGUGCAAUGGAAAGUACUAACUUGGCCAUUCAAAAACCCAAACUUAUUAAGUCAACGCUUAUGAAUUUGGCUCGUAGUAAAACAGGAAUCGUCAGCCGUAAUCCAGUCAGAAAACCCACCAUACUUAGACCUUGAAACCUUUAUGAUAUAAGUGAAUUAUCAUUCGUUAUCUUGAGUACACCGCACCACAUAACUUCUUCCUGGAUUAUCUUUCACUAAUAUUUGAAGGCCUACUAAUCGGUGACAAUCCAGGGUAGAAGUUACGUGGUGAGUUUGCGGAGUAGUAUAAUAUAGUAUAAUCAACUAAACACUAGGCAAAUAGUUAUAUACUUGAACAAGAACCAGAAGUAUACGAAGUUGUGAAAAAUUAAUAGGUGAUUUAAUAUGAGAAAAACCCUAAUAUGUGGAUUAACUUGAGUUCUGAAUUGUCUGAAUAAUUAUCCUUCAGAAGGUUUUCAGGGUUUAAAUAGUUUCUUACAAGCACAAGUAUUGAUGACAAAGAAGACGGCUAAUUGAUUAUUUAAUGUUGCAUGAAUUUCGUGUUUCUGUGUACGUGCAAUGAAUGGCUAAUCUGUCAAAUCUAAUAGGUGUAUUCUUUAUAUCUGCUUUGUAGUUUACAUACUGACAUGGAAAGUUAUUUAUGACCUUAUUAUGUGAAUUGGAUUACAGUUGUAUUUGUAUGGAUUACUUUCAAUUUUCUCAUAUAUAUUUUUUUAAUCAGCUUGUUUGUUUAGUGCUAAUAAAUUUCCAUUAUAGCUCAUAUACAUCAUGCAAUCGUAGUAAAAGUAAUGCUGUUUUUUUUUUGAAAAAAUCAAUUGAUGAACAAGUGAAAAUAUAAAUCUAUGUUUCUUUGCUAUUUUUUUCGUGCCUGCCUUUGGUCGAAUUAUAAAUUUUAUUGGCUUUGGUCGAAAUAUAAGCAUGGCUAAGAGCACAUUAGAACUUUUGAAUUUACUUUUCAAUGCAACAUUACAUGCUCUGCUUUACACAUAAGUGACACUUGACAUUUCACUCAAGACAUUAUUUUGCGUUUGUUUUACGCUACCCAGACUGGAUCUCACCCAAUCAAUGUAAAAGUGUGAUGUAGUUCAAUAUCCAAUUAAUGUAGUUUCAUUUUGAAACGUUCCAUAUUUCUCAAAGCUUAACUUAAUCAAAUUUAAGCCAAACCUCAAAUUUAUCAGCACAUAUCAAUCCUUUUUUUUAGAUAAUUAAUUCUAAGUUGUUUGAAAACAGGAAAAAUAUAAUCAGUUUUAUCUUUUCAGAAAUGUAGUUGAAGCUCUUCACUUUAUUGGGUGGAAAAUUUCUCAUAAAAUCUUCAUGUUCUAUUGAAUGUAUUACAUGGAUUAAUGUCAUCCUUUCUGUGGAAUUCUAACUCUUCUUGUUUACUAAUCAUACCAUAGUAUUAUGUAAUAUGAUAAUAAUAAUAUGGUAUUAAUAACUAUAAAAAUUCAUUUUUUUAAAUUAUCAUGAGUAAUUUUCUAACACAUUGUUCAGGAAAUAGGACUAUUCUAGGCUACUACUCUGUUUUAUAUGCUUUUUUAUUGUUCAUUCAAUUUAUAUUUUUGUGGAACGUAUUCAAAAUUUAAGUCUUCAAAGACUUCACUUUGCAAUAUAUUCUCUUAAAUUUUAUAUUUUAGAAUAAUUUAAUGGACCUCAUGGACCAUACUGUAUAAUAUAGCCUACUCUAUCUUUCUAAGGUAAUCCAUCUCAUGUAGAAUGUGUUAGAUAUUAUAAACUAUGUUUUACUAUAAUUUAUUUUAAUGUAAGAUAACUUUAUAAUAUUUUUAUCAAGAUUAAUUAAAAUUUAUAUUAUCAUAACAGAAUUUUGGAGUUACCUAAUAAAUUGGUUGUAAAUUGUGACCUUUUUGAAAAUAAAUUAACCUUAUAAUGUUGUCUUAUAAAAUUAAGAAAAUUUAUUGUGCUCGGUCUUUAUAGAUAUGAAAUUGCACUCAGUUCCAAUAUUUUUGUGCUGAUUACAGUUAUUGAAGAUUAUUAACAUUGGAGAUGUGUUCAGAAAUUAUUGCCUUUGGACCAGUUUAAAACUAUUGUAACAAUUGAUCCCAUUUAUAGAAAUAAUCAACCUAUUGUAGCCUAAGUUUAAAAAUUAAUUUGCUGUAAUUGUCAAUAUUUGUAAUUAGUAGAAGUAAGUUCUGAUUGAUUCCUAAAAACAAUAUUUUCUGUAUUAUAUAAUUUAAUAAACAAAUCCCACUUA